ACAGAGCUCUCUCUGCUUCACUUGUUUUUGUUUGUGCUUCGGUUCUAAUAGCUGGUAGUUCUCGGCUUCUCGUUCUCGUAAUCAAGGGUGCAAUGCUAGAAUGUAGAUUUGCAUGGUUCAGGGUCACCGCUAUGAGCAAACUGCUGCCACGUUCUGCGUUCAGUGCUUACUGCUUAGUGCUUUAUACACUCGCUCCAUAGCUGCUGCUGCUGCUGCUUUUUUUGGGGGUUUGUCAACAGCACCAUAUUAUCGAGUCCCCGCUGCUUCUGAUCAAACGUUUGGUCACUGUAAUUGAGCUAGCUCGUCUUCUAAUUUUUAAAAAAAAGGUAAAAAAAAUAAUUGAGUUGUAUGCUUGUAGCUAGUGUUAAAUUAUCUCUGCCUUUUGUCGGGCAUGUCCAACCAACCGUAAAUUAUGUCCCAAAGUUUCCGAGUCCUGACAAAUUACGGGUUGGUCACGUGCAGGGCGCGACAGAUGGAGGAAGGAGAGGCUGGACUACGCCCUGGCCUACCCGCCCACAGAAAUCCACUACAUGCGGCCGGUGGCGCGCACAGUGACCUUCGCCAGCAACAACUCCAUCUACGUGAUCCCACCGUCUCCGCCGUCGCAGCAGCAGCAGCAGCAGUGCUCACCGGAGCCGCCCCAGCAACCCCAAACGCCGCCACAACACGAGCCGGAGCAGCACCACGACGACGCGCCGGAACCCCAACCGCAAGCGCCACCACCGGAGCAACCCGCCGAGGCCGAGCCGCCGUCGCAAACGCAAGACGCGCCGCCACCGGCCGAGCCGAAGCCGCCGAAGGGCCCGAAACGAGGCAAGAAGAAGCAGUCCGGCCGCGUCCGGUUCGGCCCCGAGCCUCCCCCUCCGCAGCAACAGGAGCAACCGCAGCAGCAGCAGCAGGAGGAGGAGCACGACCAGGCGCAGGGCCCGCGCGACGACAGCGGGGACGCGAAGGGUCAGCAGGGGCCUCACGGCGCGGCGCCGGCGCCGGCGCCGGUGCCGGCGCCCGCGCAGGGGCAGGGUUACCUGCUCCGGUACACGCCGUCGCCGCUGCCGAGGUGGGAGGCGACGCCGCGGCGGCACGAGUACUUCUCCGGGGAGUACCGGAGCUACUACCCGACGCCGGUGCGCGAGGGCAUCUACCGCAUCGCCACCGACGCCAACAGGCUCACCACCAUCUUCAGCGAGGAGAAUCCCAACGCCUGCACGAUCGCCUGAGGGGCGACGGCGAGGGAAUAAACCGUCUCCAUUCGUGCGAACCCUUUCCCCUCUUUUCUCCGGUUCUUGGCUGAUCGGUGCAGGGAUCGUGGGCCGAGAAUCAGGUUCUUCUUGUAGGUGUUCUGUAUAGAUAAUAAGAAAAAAGGAAGGAGAAAACUUUCGGUUCGGCUGGCGACGAUGUUGAGACGAAACAUUCCUUGUGCUGCC